CACGGCCACACACAUGAAUACAGCCACGGGAACUGUUGCACAUGCGUGCUGGCAUGUUUUCAUUUGCGACACUACGACACGCCACACGGCAGUGAGUAAAACGUGAACGCGGACAAGGUGGAAAAGGAGAAAAGAAGAUCCGCAUUCAAGCUAGUCCGCUUUAAUACGUUUACACAGACGUGAUCGGCCACAUUUGUUUGUGACAUGGCAAACCCUUUAAAGGGUGAAGUUAUCAGACUGUACAAAACUCUGCUGUAUCUUGGCCGUGAGUACCCAAAAGGAGCGGCUUAUUUCAGAGAACGACUAAAGUAUGCGUUUAUGAAGAACAAAGAUGAGACUGACCCUGAGAAAAUCAAACAGCUGGUUGCCAGAGGAGACCACGUCAUCAAAGAGCUGGAGGCCCUUUAUUUCCUCAGAAAAUAUCGGGCCAUGAAGAAGCGCUACUAUGACCCCGAGAAAUGAGAACAAACUAUAUUUUUCAUACAAAAGAGACAUGGAGACGAGGCGAAAUAAGCUGCAAUACAAUUACUGUUCUCUUCACAGUUUUAAAUAAGCCCUACUAAGUAAAUAUCCCAAUGUUGUCUGCAGAAAACCCCAAAAGUUGGUUUUCAAAAAAUCUGCUUUUUACAUUUUUCUUUAUUGUUUUUAACUAAAAAUGUAUGUAACUUUAAACUCUAACACUGCACAAACGCAGCUUUAGAUGAUGAAGCCUCUUCUUGACUUAGUAUGUCAGUGUGGCCUAAAUAUUUGAUCUCUGUCUCCACUGGCCAUAAAUCUUUUCUCCUGAAGCCGUUCAGGUUGUGCACUAGAACUUGGACUCCAGUUAAGCUUAAGUUUUGGUGCAAUCAGACUUUCUUUAUAUAUUUUUUACUCACGUUCUUGUUUUUGUCAGAAUGUAAUUAUUAAGACUCAAAGAGCCGUGUGACCUCUGUUAUCAGUGCAUUGUAAACUGAAAUGUCUGCCUUUUGUAUAAUGAAGCGCUUUGAGUUGUACCGCAGUUCUGUAUUAACACAUAUUUAUACGAAUGUGGUACAGUUGCUUGAAAAGUUAAUGUCCUAUAUUGUAUCAAAGGACUAUUCACAGGUAAUAAAUGUUUUUAAUGCUAAAA